GUUAUACUGUGGACUUAUUUUAACCAGAAGAAAUCCAUCGGGGUGGGGUGGUGAUACCAACCCUAGCUACGCCACUGAAUUAUCUCGAGACGCGGAGAAUCAAGUUAAGGUUAUUUUUACACAGCAUAAAAUAUAGUCAACAUUAGUGGUUGUGUUAUUUUACCUUUAGAGCUUGGACAUCCCUGGUAUAGAAGAUGUGUCCGAACUUAAGCCACUGGGCGCCUUCCACUCUAUGCCUACUUCAGGAGAUUCAAAUAAUUUAGGUACGUUUGUACCAUUAUUCGUCACACCAUUUUAAAUUCUUUCUUUGUACUCCCAAAUCCAUGAAGUUUGCAACUUUGUAGAAUUUUAUCUCGUUACACGAGACCCCCCCCCCCCCCCCCCCCCCCCCCCCCGUCUCCUUCGUUCAAUGUAAUUUAAUGUGUUGUUGUACUGAUGAAGGCAUGUGCCGAACUAUUUACUUGUGUAUUAUGUAUAAUUAUUAUGAAAGCGUAAAUUAUAUUGUUAUAUAGACACAAAUUGUUGGUGUCUAUCUAAUUCGUUCAAUGAAUGCGGGAGAAGGAUGGAUAGGGAGCUCAGGUGAGAGCUGUAGAAUUUUGGGGAGGGGUGGUUCGGAAAGUUUUUUUAAUAAAUUUUUUGAUGGCAUCCAUCAGUCACAAUGUGACAACGGUGUAGACUUCGCAGAACGAAAUCCACAAGGGCCUGGGAUUAUUCUUUAGGAUUAUAAAGCUGGUUCUUUACACAGCAAAUCGCCUCUCUCCACGCCGCGGGAUAACCCAAGGGAACAUCAUGUGGAUGUUACAGCUUGGCACCAGGGACGUCGCAGGAGUUGUCGGGAUGUUUUUUUUUGUACCAAUGUUAUCCUCCCACGAGACUCCAUCUCCGGGUUUGAAUUCGGAGUUUCCUUCUCUUAGGUGAGUUGCCAUCCAAGGUUAACGAGUCCCAUCCGGGACAUUUAAUUCGAAUCAUUUGAUUACAUAGCGUGCUUUUCUACUGUUCUACACAUUACAUUCUUUAUGUAAUGCAUUUAAAGAAAUUGUUAAUUAUUUAGUUCUUUUUAGUUCGUGUAAACAUGUCUUUGUUAGAAAGUCUUUUUAUAAUUUUUUUUUUUUUUGUAUUGUAUGUAAAAUGAUCCAUAUAAAGGUUUCUGAGCCAGUUUUCAUCACGUUAAUCACUAUCUAACGUUGCAUCCAUGGGCGCCCGCAGGGGGGGGGGGGCACCCCCCCCCCCUGGAUUGUUGGGUUAAAAAAAAAAAAGAAAAAAAAAAACAAAAAAUUGUAUUGUAUGUAAAAUGAUCCAUAUAAAGGUUUCUGAGCCAGUUUUCAUCACGUUAAUCACUAUCUAACGUUGCAUCCAUGGGCGCCCGCAGGGGGGGGGGGCACUCCCCCCCCCUGGAUUGAUUGGAUAAAAAAAAAUUAGACAAAAAUAGACAAAAAUGUAUUAAAGUAAAGAGAAAAUAAAGAGAAAGUAACUAAGCUGAUGCCCUGUCCGUUUGUUCACCAUACAAAUACAGUAAAUUAAAACUACAUUAAAACAUUACUAAAAAAUUUUUGCUCCCCCCCCCCUUUUUGGAAAGUUAAUCGAUUUUUUGCCCCCCUCCCCCCCGAAAGUUUUCUGCGGGCGGCCAUCUUUGCAUCCGUGAACUUUCCUCAACAUCACGAUGAUUCGUACAACACAGGAUGAAGACUGACGAACUCUGUCAUUAAGAGUGUGUGUGUUUGAUCAGGUCCCCGAGUUCAUAAAAGCUACAAUGUGACAUGUGAACCAGUUGCUUCGUUAUUCCCAUAAGCUGUCGGCCUAGAUGUUUGCCGACUAUACGGGUAAUACCCUUUUCAAAAAAAAAAAAAAAAAGUGUCUACUUCCUAGUGUAGCAAUACUUCAACAUUCCUCUCCAGUAUUUAAAAAUGUUACAGUUGCUUCGUUAUUCCCAAAAGCUGUCGGCCUAGAUGUUUGCCGACUAUACGGGUAAUACCCUUUUCAAAAAAAAAAAAAAAAGUGUCUACUUCCUAGUGUAGCAAUACUUCAACAUUCCUCUCCAGUAUUUAAAAAUGUUACAACCCCCCCUCCCCCCGGCCAGUGCCGGCCGGCCUUUAGGGUGUGCGACCUGUGCUCUCGCACAGGGCGUCGUGGCCUUAGGGGCGCCUGGGGAUACCCCUUUACCAAAAACGCGCCGAUAGUUCCUACCUCUGAGGUGCAGAUUAUAGACGACCCAAAAGGUGGUGUGGAGAUGGGACAAAGCACCGUAGAAAAACUAAACCGUCUAAAUGAGUGGGCAUGUUAACAUGCGUAUGGUUAGCUACAUGUAUAGCGUCAUAUGACGUGCUCCAAAGCCUACGUCGUAAUCGGAAAAAGAGCGGAGCCAUACAGGGACAGGGAAGGGGGCGCCGAACGGGUGCUUCGCACAGGGCGAAAGUUUACCUAAGGCCGUCUUUGUCCCGCAGACCUAGUGUGUCAAACCCUCCUGGGUAACAUUAUCCAUUCAAAAAAGUUCAUUUUGUAUUUACGAUAUGUGGAUUAUACAGGAGCGUCGUCCAGAGCUGCAGGGGGCCUCAGAAAUACAAGUGGACCAAACUCCUUAUGUGGAAAAAUACAACAGAAAAUAUUUUAAAUUGAAACGAAGUGGCAGAAGGCCCCCCAAAAGUUUUACGCGGUGGCUCUGGUUUGAUGACAACGUUAAUUAAAUACGUGAUUUACAUUUAGCCUACGCUAUAAAAACGGGUUACCUUUUAAAUUGAUGACGUAUAUUGUUAUCUAACGGAGUGUUUGCAGUUACAGGUGAUGCUGUUCCCAAGAAGUUGGCUGGCCUACCGAUGAAUUCAUUCAAAUGUUUUGUGUCUGCGUGUGUCUUCUCUCUCUCUCUCUCUCUCUCUCUCUCUCUCUCUCUCUCCUCUCAUUCCCUCUUUAAAAGUAGUUGAGAUAAAAGUGGUUGGAGAGGGAAUGGUGGUGGUUGGAACUACAAGUAACAUAUGUCAAGUUUCUGGUUUUUUUUUUUUUUUUUUUUUUUUUUUUUUUUUUUUUUUUUUUUUUUUUUUUUUGGUUUAGUGUGAAACUGAAUGAUAAGAUCUUCUAUUAUCAGCUCUCAUGCCACAAUUCUGUUCUAAUUCCAUCAUGGAAUACCUAAAAGCAAUUUUAAUUAUUAACAUCGAAAGAAGGGAUGAUAGUAAUACUGACUGUCCUGUAGUAGAUCGACUGUUUAGACGGGACACGUGACCUAAGUCAGUCGCAGGUAAGAUCAGAUUAGUCCUAUAUAUAGACUGUUUAGAAGGGAUUCGUAAGUCAGGUAAGAUGAGGCCAAUGUCUUCUACUUCAAGUCUUAUUGAUUCUUUAUUUGUUUGUUUUAACCAAUUAAAGACAACAUAACACACAUGGAGCUAAAUUAGUGAAUAGCAAAAACAAUUUUAAAAGCCAACGCUAACAUGCUAUAACUAUAACCUAUAAGGUAGGCCUGUACGAACAAUCAUCAAGGCCAAUGUCAAUGCUGUUUCCGAAGACGCAUCACUGAAGCAUAGGAAAAGACUGAGUGCCCCAAGUAGAUUUCUAGGUGAUAUUUCAUUAUUGAAAUGAACAUAUUUCAAUAAACAGUUUCCGGCGGAGGCCCCCGGACCCCUUUUUAGUUGGAGGGUAUCCCCCUCCCCCCCCCCCAACAAAAAAAAGUCCAUGAAAGUGUCCCGUUUUUUCCGGUUCAUGAUUCGGUCACCCUAUACCAUAUUACUUCUCUCUCCGCUUCACGCUUAUAUUUUGCAAUUGUAUGGACAUUAAUUUACUGUACCUAAACUGACUGCAACAAAUUUCGCCUACGUUAAUAUCGGAUAAAUCUUAGUCUUGCCUAACACUAAAAAUAGAAACAACUGCUACCGUAAUCGGAUUCGCAUUUAUUCAGUCAGUUGACUUAUUUGUUAUUCAGUUGUAUUCCUUAUGAUUCAUCAACUAAUUAAUCAAACCAUUGCUGACACACACGGCUAAGGGGACACUGCGUGGAAAAUUAAAGGAUACGCCAACAAAGGUUAACAUUUAAUAAUGAGCUAAAACUGACACGAUUAAAUCCAUUCAAUUAAUAAUUAAUUAAAAUCAAUUCUAAGAAGUCUAAGUCUAAUUAGUCAAUAGUCAAUAGUCAAUAGUAGUAAUAGUCUAAUGAAUAAUAUAAAUAUAAUUAUAAUGAUGUAACAAAAUUAUCAUUAAUUAUCCAUAAUGAUAAUAAUAUAGACUUAGACAGUAAAAGUAAGUAAAUAUUAUUAAUUAGUAGGCUACAAUUGGCUAUAUUUAUAUGUUAAUAGUAUAAUACUAAUACUAAUACCUAAUUAAUACUGUAUAAAAUACUAAUAAUAAUAACUUUAACUUUAAUUUUAAUACUAAUACUAAUACUUAUAUUUAUAUCACUAAUAUUAUUAAUAAUAAAUUAAUAGUAUAGUAUAACAGGGUAUUAUUUUAAAAAAAAUAAAUAUAGUCACAGUCAGUGAUUGCGAGCGUCUUUACGCUCUUAAUAGUUAUACUUCAGACUAUAGUCUAUAGAGCAGGGUUCUCAAACUCGCUGCACGCGGGCCAUUUGCGGCUUGCAAGAGGAUAUUUUGCGGCCUGCUACUUGACAGCAAAGUUAAGUGUUAAUGCGGCCUGCACGUUUUCCCCAUUCUCAUAUCUAGUGACCCUCCGCGACAGUUUCAGUCGAUUCUCACCAACUAGUCUAAUUCUGAUUUUCAUUAUGUUUGUAUAGGUUUGGACGUUGAUUAUAAUGGUAAAAACUGUUUUAAAAUUGGACGUUAGGAAAAAAACAUGGCCCAAGUGCGGUUUUGAGAAAACUCUCUUCGAAUAUUGUAUAUACAUAUAUCAAAAGUUUUAAAAGUCAUCAGCACAACCAUAAUUGUGUAAAUUGUAGCAAUCGGACACAGUAUCAAAGAAUCCCUAUUAAAAUUGCCACUAAUGACUAGUAGUGUGUAAGAGUGACAAGUAAUGGAAAUUCCGAGCAUGUCAGCGUGGUCACUUUCAAAAUAGGGUUAGUCAAAAAGGCAUUUUCUACGAUAAUAAAAUCUAUAUUCAUUCUCCCUACCAUCGCAUCUUCCUUUGCAUCAAUAAUCCAUAAAACCUGCCUGCUCCUGCCUUCUUUUUGAACAAGUUUUAGGUUUGAAAUUGCAAGUGGGAAUGGCCAUAUUUUUAUUUUAUGCUUUUUCGUCUUUGUUUACCAGAAUCUCAUUAUUUUCAUAGCAUUUAUUUGCUGAAUAUUUUUACUUUAGAUCACCGGGCAUUUUAUUUUCUUACUAAGGAUAUAUUGCUGUUAACAAUGAUACACAAUGUGAUGGCCUAGUUCUUGAAAACCCUUAAUAUUUUUAUUUGUUAUUAAUAAAGGUUGAGCAGAUUGUAACAGUUGUACCUUAUUAUUGCAUUUGUAAUCCCCUUUUUGUGUGUGGAAUACUUGUUGCAGCCCAGUCUCACUCUGACUCUACCUCUUGAGGCCCCCGGAUAAUUUGAGUUUGAGACCCGUGGUAUAGACUAUGACAAUAGUUAGUCAUACUCAGAUCUAAGAUAUGAUUUUGAUAAAUGAUUCAGACAAAUCUGCACAACACACUUCAGAGGGAGUAUUGGCAUUCUUCUGUGUUAAUUAAAUUUAUAAUUAAAGACCAUAACUCUAGAAGUUGGAGGGGAUGAGCUGGUAGUGGUAGGUAGGGCAGUGUAAGUGUAGGUUAAUAAGUCAAGUGAUGUAAGUACUAAAAAAGGCUACUUCAUAAUUCAUAUAUAUAUAUUAGGCUUAGGAGUUUGACUUAAGUGAACUAUGAUAACUAGCAUAACUAAACCUACACACUAAAUUGACUAAAACACUAACACAUUUAAAUUUAAACAUUUGAAAUAACAGGAUUUUAUGUAAUAAUACACUGUACAGUAGUCAGUAGUUUCUGAUUAUUCAGAGUGUCAGUAGCAUGUUCAGAGGCUAAUCUUGUCACUAUUGGUAGACAUACAACAUAUACUCAUUUAGAUUUAUAAACCACUCGGCGACUCGGUUCAAACUUCAAGUGGGGUAUGGUUUUAGCAGCCUGGCAGAGUUAGUUAGUUACAGUCUAUAAUAUAACAAAUUGGUCAAAUAUUAAUUAGGAUUUAAGACUAAAGUAUAAGUGAACCUACUUCAGUUUUUGUGCAUAUGUGACUGAUUUAUUAUGUUAACAUCACAUUAUCUAACUAAAUGUAAAAACAUAUGUUUUAUGCCCAGCUAGGCUUUCUUUUACUGACCAUUGACAGGAGAAGGUGUGUAGUGUAAAAUAUGAUUAGGACACUCCAAGUUUGGACAGUACAGUUAGUAGUCUAUUGAUACUGUUAUAGCAUUUUAAAACAUCUGCUUAGCAUAUGUGGAGCAGAUGCACACAAUGUGUUUCUAUUAAUUAAAGAUAAUCCACAAAGCUAAGAAGCAGCGCCUGGUCUUAGUGAAAGUCUUAAUAUAAUUCUUUAAUAAUGCCAUGUUAAAUUGUACUAUGAUGUAUGAUUGUUUGUGUAAGAUAUUGUGGAUAACUUCUUUUUAAUGCUGCCCCUGUUCUAAAAAUGAAUAAAAUUUAUAUAUAUUUUUUUAUUACUUACAGAUAUCAAGAAAUAUGGCCAGAAAUUUAAUUACUGUGUUUCUUUCAUUGCAUAUGUGGUUAGUAUAAAUUGCAAUACACACUUGAUAAAUAAUAUAUUUACUUGGAAGUUUGUUAUUUAUUACUGUUAGACUAAGAAAUGCUCAACAAAUAAAUGAGUAAGUGAAAAUGAAGAAAUGUAUGCAUUAAAAAAAAAGAUUUUUAUACAUGCUGAAAAUAACCUAUAAACUAAUAAAAAUAAAUUUUUAAUUCCAAAAGCUUUCAACUGCCAACCUUAAAGGCCCUUGUACAAGAGGAAGAGUGGGACUACCUUGUUUUGGCUCAGUUCUGGCCAUCAUCUUCCUGUGUUUAUUUUAAAGAGUCAGUAAGUAGGAACAAAAGAUAUCUUCAUUUAGCAAAUUUCUGCAUUUUAAGGCGUCAAAAUUAAGAACCACACAUUUAUAUAUAAUAAAGUGUAAAAUCACUGCUAAAAUUAAAUAAGAAGUUUUUUUAAAAGCCAAUAUUUCCUCUAACAUUUAUUAAACAACUUAACAUUUCUUGAGAGUUUAAGAAUUUAAACUAUUUAUGUUUGAAAUGUCAAGACUACUGCUUUAUUACUUGUCAUAAUAUUAAGUUCUUGUAAAUAUAUGUGUUAUGCACAACAAUGACAUGUGUUAUGCACAAAAAUCACAAUGAUGUGUGAGGCAAAACAAUCACGAUGAAAUGUAUUAUCGUAUUAUGCACAAAAAUCACAAUGACAUGUGUGAAGCAUAACAAUCACAAUGACACAUGUGAGGCAAAAUAAAAAAAAAUCAAUUUCAGAUUGAUUAGGACACAACUGAUAAAAAAACCCUCUCAUUCAUAAAAAAAAAAAAUAUCCAAAGAAAUAAUUAUUGACAGUGUUAUGAAGCCUUUUUAAAUGAAAGCUCAAAAAACUUGCUAGCUACAAAAAUUGAUGAAUAAAAUAAAUUAGACGGGGUUAAUCAAAGCUUAUCAAGUAUAUUAAAAACACAAUCAGCAAAUUUUCAACAGGACUAAUUAUAAUAUAGCUUAACUUACCCUGGAAUCAAACUGAAUAAUGUUUAGGCUUAAGGCAGUCAGCUGAGAAUGUAUAUAAAUAGGAUGAUGAUAAAACCUAUAUGAAUGUUAAAGUUAAUAAUACUGUUAGUACAAACAAUUAAAAUUUUGAGGUGGUCACAAGGCCCCAGCACACACAGAUAAACAAUAUAUACGAUCUUCAUGACUUUAGUAAGAAAUAUUGAAUCAGAUGUAGAACAAAGCCAAUUAUGUGUAUGUUGACCACAAAGGAUUUCAUGCAUUAGAAAAUGGCACAUAUUGGUCCAACAAGCUGAUGUGAUUUAUGCAUGAUGAAAUAUCAACUUCUAAGGGGGUCAAUGUUGUAAAGCUUUCCUUAUGUGAUCAUUGUUGUGGUCCUGCUGUAAAGUAAUUUUAUGCCCGAUUUCUUCCAGGAUUGUGUCCCACCUCAAGUUCACAACUGGACUAUCCAUGGCUUGUGGUGAGUCAAUCAUCUCUCUAUUCUUAUGUGAUGCCAGUUGUCAAUCAGCUCUCUAUACUUUGGUGAUGUCAUUAGUCACUCAGCUCUCUAUACUUUUGUGAUGUCAGUUGUCAAUCAGCUCUCUAUACUUUUGGGAUGUCAAUCAGCUCUCUAUACUUAUUUGAUUUUAGCAGUGAAUCAUCUGUCUAUACUAAGGUGAUGUCAGUCGUCUAUUUGUGUAUUUUGUAUUAUUUUAAAUUAAAAUUGACACUCCAAGGACCAUUGGUAACAUUCAAAUUUGUGUAUAUUUUAACAUUAUUAACAUUAAAGGUAAAGUGCAGGGAGGAAUGUAAACAAAUGAACAGCUUUCAUUUCAUAAAAUCACUUUAAAAAUUCAAAAUGAAAUACACAAAGCACACGUCUGUCAAUUGUUAGAUGUUAAAUAUCUGAUUUUAGUUGCUGGAGUAUUCUUUCAGUUUAACAUUUCUAAAACAUCAGCAUGUUCUCAUCAAAAUGUAUGCUUAGAAAUGUAAACAAGAUUUUGUUUGUUUUAUUUUCUUUUGCUCCUUGCCCUGCCUCAUUCUCUGUUUCGGAUUGAUCCUGAUAGUAUAGUGUCCUCGUUUUAUAGCCAUUUUCAUUGUUUCUAUAGCAUAGUAGUUACUAUCCUAGUGUCUCAUUUUUAUUUUACUUAGUUUACAUGUUUUUAAUAAUUGUAAAGCGCUUAGAGCUUUAUGGUAAGCGCUAUAUAAAAAUGCCUAAAUAAAUAAAUAAAUAAAUAGAAAAUAACAAUCUAGUUUUAAAUCUUGAUUUCAACCCUUCUUAUGAUUAGAUAUGUCAUAAAGAAUUUGUAACACUGUGUGACGGCGUGUGACUCUUUGUCUAAAAAGCUUCAUGUCUGAAGCGCUUCAUCUAAUGUGCCUUACUGAUAUUGCAGGCCAUCAGACCGCGCCACGUCGAAGCAGCCAGAAAACUGUAACAAAUCAAUGAAUUUUAAUUAUGAUGAAAUUAAGGUAAGGCAACAACAUCAUUAACUCUGUGUUAAAAAUAUUUUUUUUGGGGUUGUUUUUUAAAGGAUGAUUUUGAAACAGUUUAGUAGCAUGAGAUGAAAUCUAUCACUAUCAGCAUCUAAAAGUACUUAAACCUAAGUCUAAAUAUCCUCAUUCAAGAGGCUGAAUCUGGGAGCCAGCAGUCAUCACAAGAUAACUUGUAUAUAAAUCUACUUGAGAAAGAGUGACCCCUAUGUCCAGAUAACGUGAUGUCCAACCCGUACAAGUAUUACAAAUGACAGAUAAUGAGCUUAUCCCCUCACAAUCUCCCAACAAACACGACAGAUGUAGUGACUUGUCAUUAUUAUCAGCCUCGAUGCCAUCACAAUCUCACAACACUCAAUGGUGUAGGCCACACACGGCAGAUGUAGUGACUUGUCAAUAUUAUCUGCCUCGAUGCCAUGAGGCCAUCCUUAAUGAUGCAAUCCUAAAACUUACUUAGGAUAAACAGUUGAUCAAAAAACACUGUACACUGUCUGUGACAAUCCUUAAGAUGAGAGCAUAAAUCUUUGACAUAAUACUAUCCAGAAAUCCUUAAAAUCUCAGUGAUACAGUUCUGUCACUCACAAAUUCUCUAAGGCACAACCCUAUCACACUAACAUGUAUCACUUUCCAUGGCACACUCCUAUCCCACUAACACACAUAACUCUCUAUGGCACACUCCUAUCCCACUAACACACAUAACUCUCUAUGGCACACUCCUAUCCCACUACCACACAUAACUCUCUAUGGCACACUCCUAUCCCACUAUCCCACUAACACACAUAACUCUCUAUGGCACACUCCUAUCCCACUAUCCCACUAACACACAUAACUCUCUAUGGCACACUCCUAUCCCACUAACACACAUAACUCUCUAUGGCACACUCCUAUCCCACUAUCCCACUAACACACAUAACUCUCUAUGGCACACUCAUAUCCCACUAUCCCACUAACACACAUAACUCUCUAUGGCACACUCCUAUCCCACUAACACACAUAACUAUAUGGCACACUCCUAUCACACUAACACACAUAACUCUAUAUGGCACACUCCUAUCCCACUAACACACAUAACUAUAUGGCACACUCCUAUCCCACUUACACACAUAACUCUAUAUGGCACACUCCUAUCCCACUAACACACAUAACUCUAUAUGGCACACUCCUAUCCCACUAACACACAUAACUAUAUGGCACACUCUUAUCACACUAACACACAUAACUCUAUAUGGCACACUCCUAUCCCACUAACACACAUAACUAUAUGGCACACUCCUAUCACACUAACACACAUAACUCUAUGGCACACUCCUAUCACACUACCACACAUGCUCUCUAUCACACCAUCUUUGACACAAGCCUACCAUACAAACACACACAAACUUAUAACUAUCAUACAACACAAAAUACAUGUUGUUCUAACUACCCAAUCACACUAACUCCCUCACACAAAUUUUUUUUUUUUCCUCAAAUGUUGUUUCAUUCAUUUAUGAUGGGGAAUUAACAGAAUUAAGGCGGCAUUUGAAUUCUUGAUAAAACUUGAAUAAAACAAAUAAACAUCAUGCUAUCAACACCCCCAAUAAAGCAUAUUUACAAGCCUGCACCUCUUCUGUCUUAGCUAUGCGAUUGGGAAUGAUAAAACAGGCAAUCAUUUGUUAUCUCAGCAUCACUUACUUACUUAAUAAUAUUAUAUUUUGAAAUAGUAGGCCUAAACUGUUGAGUUUUCUAAAGAAGUUGUAAUUUCUCUACUAAAUCCAUCUGUUAUGUUUGCAUGUAUCAUGGCAGCCACUGAGACCUGACUUAGACUUGUACUGGCCAUAUUUUAACAAAUCUUCUAAAGACAGGACAUCUCUCUGGUCAGUUUUCACAUAUAAUUUUGUUGUUGUUCUUGCAUCUUAUUAAUAAUGUAUAUGUAUAUAUAAUAAAUAAUACAUUUUCAAAUUAAGGAAACACGUUUUGAGGCACAUGUAAUAAUUUUUAAAAUUAUUUUCUAAAAAUUAUUUUCUAAAAAUUAAGAUUUAAAAAAUAAAUGUACCCAAUAGAUAUUCGGAUACUGUACCAUCAGUGGUGUAGCUACUGUGGUGCCAUCCAGGCACCAUCAGUGGCAUAGCUAGGGUGGUGCCAUCUAGGACAGGCCAAUCUUUUGGCUGCCCCCUUCAAUGAAAAAGAAACUUUACAGUAGGUGAUGAAUGCCCCACCAUAUUAAAAAAAAAUACAGCCAGGGUGGACUUCACCCCUCUUCCUAUGCCACUGAGUACCAUCAGUUAUAAUUAUUCUCUUACUUUAUCCCACCCCCUCCCCCAAUUUAUUGCCCCAGAUACACCCUUCCUAUGCUACUGUGUACCAUAAGUUAUAAUGCAUACUCUUACCUUAUCCCAUCCCCCUUCAGACACACUUUAUUGCCCCAGAUACACCUGGGGGGGGGCGGUUAUACUAAUGUGUAAGAAAAACAAUAGAAUAGUCUUUACUAAUUUUUGAUUGAAUCAAUACAUUCAGGGCUCACGAGUGGGACAAACACGGAACCUGUGCCUACAGCUUACCAACGCUUAGAGGAGAGUUUGUGUACUUCACCCAAGUGCUUAAACUUUAUCACCAGCAGGAUUUAAUUGGGUUAGUUUUACCUGAAUGUUCUUAUCUUAAAAUUUGCCAAUAAUUGCUUAUUAUGUGAGAAAUGGAAGAUGUUUGCCUGUCUGAUAAGACUUGAACAAAGUAAGACAACGUAAGACAUGAGAUGGGUCAAGGACUUAAUGGGUUAUUUUUAGACCUGUAAUUGUAAUCUUUCGCUUAACACAACCAAGGACAAAAGUGUCUGUUUUAAGAUGAGCAUGCAUAGAAUUGAAUUGAUUUAUGUGUAACAUUGCAGUAUGCAAAGAAGUGAAUACAAGGGACAUUAUACAAGGUUUAUUAUGGCUCUUUUGCUUUGUAACCAUGUUAUUUUGUGUGAAACCAAAUUGGCAGAGUUCAUCUGACCCCAGCAUGCUGUUUGCAUUUUGGUUUCAUGUCCAGUGUUCCAGUUAAUCCCAUAGAUGGUGUGAACAUCUGCUUAUGUUCACCUUUAAGGUCAUGCCCUAAAUGCAUCUAUGUGUUGUAUUUUCAGAGCUUUAGCCAAAGCCAACAUUGUGCCUUCAGACUCAAAGCAAUACAACGUAAGCAAAGAGUUUAACACUAAAAUAACACAGAGUAAAAUCCAAUACUAUAUCUGCACUAUCACCAUUUCAUUUUUUAGUUUCAAGUAAACCAUUCUAGUGGCAAAUUAAAAUUAACAAACUUUCACUUGGGGGUAACUUAAAAUACUAUGCCAUUUGUGGCGAAGUUUGUAAAAAUUUGUGUUUAUUUGUUAAAAAUUAUAAUUUUUAAAUUUUUAUAUAAACCAGUAUUUAUAUAUAAUAUAUACCAUUAUUUACACACACACUAGCCUGUAGGCCUAUAUUCAGUGUUAUUACACACUAGCCUGUAUAUUCAGUGUUAUUACACACUAGCUUGUAUAUUCAGUGUUAUUUCAAACUAGCCAGUAGGCCCCUAUAUUCAGUGUUAUUUCAAACUAGCCAGUAUAUUCAGUGUUAUUACACACUAGCCAGUAAAUUCAGUUAGCCUGUAUAUUCAGUGUUAUUACACACUAGCCAGUAUAUUCAGUGUUAUUACACACUAGCCUGUAUAUUCAGUGCUAUUACACACUAGCCUGUAUAUUCAGUGCUAUUACACACUAGCCUGUAUAUUCAGUGUUAUUUCAAACUAGCCAGUAUAUUCAGUGUUAUUUCAAACUAGCCAGUAUAUUCAGUGUUAUUACACACUAGCCUGUAUAUUCAGUGCUAUUACACACUAGCCUGUAUAUUCAGUGUUAUUACACACUAGCCAGUAUAUUCAGUGUUAUUACACACUAGCCUGUAUAUUCAGUGUUAUUACACACUAGCCUGUAUAUUCAGUGCUAUUACACACUAGCCUGUAUAUUCAGUGUUAUUUCAAACUAGCCUGUAUAUUCAGUGUUAUUUCAAACUAGCCAGUAUAUUCAGUGUUAUUUCAAACUAGCCAGUAUAUUCAGUGUUAUUACACACUAGCCUGUAUAUUCAGUGUCAUUACACACUAGCCUGUAUAUUCAGUGUUAUUACACACUAGCCAGUAUAUUCAGUGUUAUUACACACUAGCCAGUAUAUUCAGUGUUAUUACACACUAGCCUGUAUAUUCAGUGUUAUUACACACUAGCCUGUAUAUUCAGUGUUAUUACACACUAGCCUGUAUAUUCAGUGUUAUUACACACUAGCCUGUAUAUUCAGUGUUAUUACACACUAUCCAGUAUGUUCAGUGUUACACUAGAUUGCAUUUGGAAAAAACAACUUAGAAAGCUUUUUUAUUAAGUAAAAAAAUAUAAUCUUUGGUUGGAUCCCUUUCCCCUUUCAUUUCUGUUUCCCCAUAGGGAUCCCAUUCCCUGAGGGGAUUCCAUUCCUCAUGGACAUUCUGUUCCCGGUUUGAUCCCAUUUCCCGAAGGGAUAACAUCCAUCUGUUGGAUCUCAUUUCGUGAUGGAAUCCAUUUCCAGAUGGGAUUUCAUUACCUGGUUAGAUCCCACAUUCCUGGUGGGAUCUCUAUCCCAGUGUGAUCCCAUUCCCUGAUAGGAUUUGUUCCCAGAGGGAUCUCAUUCCCCAAUAGGGUACCAUUCCCGGAUCAAGCCUUUUAAAUGAUUGAACUUUCUGGAAAAUUCUAUACUGGCCCUGAAUUGAGUGGGUAUUAUUCAUUUUAAAUACAUCUAUAUUUCAAUAUGGCCUAUGAAAGGUAUACCUACCAAGCUUGGCCUAGAUUCACAUUGAACCUUAUUCUGUUGUCUAAGCUUACUGGUAUUUAUAUAGUUUAUAUUCGGAAAAAUUAACUUGGGGCCCCAGUCCCAGAGGAAUGGAUAUUAUAUGUGAAGAACCUACCAUUAUUUCAGUAUGGAUAAUCCAGUUUAUAUGUACUAAGUAUGGGUUAGAUCCAUCCAUCCAUGUACUAGCCUUUACUUGUGUUUUAAGUUAUAUAGCUCAUAUAAGAAACAAACCACUUUGCUGCCCCUUCCAUGAAAUAAGAACAUUUUUAAGUUAAAAACCUAUUGGGGUUUCCUUCUGGAUAAUGAUGGAAGUGUGUCAGGUUUCGUCAAGAUCCAUCAAUCCAUGUAGAAACUUGUGCGGAAUUAACUGGCAUACAGACGAUAAGCUUUCACCUAUAUUUACAAAUAAAUGAUUUUGUUGUUGCUAGUGACACUCAAUUAAAUUUUGUCUUAUAACAUUUUCACAUUGACGUUACCACUAACUGAAGUGAUGUUGAUUAAAAUUAAUUAAACAUUUUUUUUUACUAUUUUAAACUUUCAGAUCAAUGACAUUUUUAAUGCUGUGAACAGUAUUUAUGGAACUAGUCCAGUCAUUUCUUGUGUUACUGAUACAAAGGUAAGUCAUGACUCAAUGAUGUUUGUGACUUAAGUCAGGGCUCAGUAUUAACUAUGACUUAAGUGAGGGCUCGUUUUUAACUACUAGAAUAUAUUACCCGAUGUUACCGGGAUAAAAAUGGAAGGCAUUUAGUGAUACUUUCUACCUGAUAUUGCGAAGUCUGAUCAGAAUUCCUUAUUUUAAAAAGAAGUAUCCAUGUAAUGAUGUUUAAGUUUCUAACACCAUUAACUUUUGAGAAAUAUUUAUCUGCUAUAUAAUUAUAUAUGCUUACACUACCCCUUUUCGCACCCCUGAACUGCAAUUUUUUUCUCUAAAUGUUGUGAAAAUGUAACCCAACUUUUGCCAUGUUUUUCUUUUAUGUUAUCAGAGAAUUAAAAAAAACAAAAAAAUAUUUUUUCUAAAGAAGAACCUCUUAACCCAUUUUAACUUCUGUAACAGCCUUAAGUGUUUUUUAAAAAAAGAAAUAUUAUUGAUCUCAUAAAAAUUUGCACCCACUUUAAUUUUCGCAUAGUGGAAACAAAAUUAUGUUUUUGUAUUUUGAAAGAAAAUCUUGACCCAUCUUUGUUCACGUCCAUGAACUAUAAAGGAAAAAUUAAUGGCUCUAUUUUAAAAAAUAAAUUUUCAAGUUUGUAAAAUGAUUGGGUUUUGAUAUGUUUAUUUGAGGUAUGGUUAUACUUAUGGAAAUGUACCCACUGUUUGUCAGCGCCAUUGAGCUAUAUUUUCUUUAUAGUUAUGGCAUAUUAAUUUUGUUAAAAGAGACUGUAACACCUUUUUUGUGUCUGCAGUAUCAUUGAAUUUAAAGUUAUUGUAAUCAAUGUAAAAAUGUACACACCUUUUACCCUACCCUUCAUAUGUGUUUACGAAAGAGGGGUUAAUUAUUAAUCAAAAUCAAAUUCAUUCCUUUGUGCUGCCUGGGGCAAAAUAAAAGUAUCAAAAUUCCCCCCCCCCUUUUUUUUUUUUAAAAAUAAAAAUUAUUAAAAUAAUUCACAGAAAAAUCAAAUUCAUUCCUUUGUGCUGCCUGGGGCAAAAUAAAAGUAUCAAAAUUCCCCCCCCCUUUUUUUUUUUUUUAAAAAUAAAAAUUAUUAAAAUAAUUCACAGGAUCGUGGCCCCCUACAAUAGAAGCCACACACUAUUUUUUCCAUGCCCCUGAAUUUAUUAAAAUAAUAUUUCUCCGAUCCCUUUCACCACGUAAUGUAUUAUAUGUUCUGAAAAAUAGUUCUACACAUAAUUAUGACAUUGAAAGAUUAUUGUUAUUUAUUUUAACAUUAAAAUCUAUACCUAAGUACAAAGCUCUAUUAUAAUUGGGUUUUAAGAUAUUGAUCUCAAAAUGAACCGAUUGCAACUUCAUAUGGUAUUUGGAUAUGAAGUUUCGGGGACACUCAUUGGCUUAAAAUGCAUUUUCCUUAUUAAAAAAGUAAUUUUAAACGUUAUGUUUUUAUUACUUUAUAAAUUUGAUAAAAGUACAUUUUUGGAAUGAAAAAUAAGUCAAAUUUAUUUAAUGUUAAAAAUACAAAGCCAAAAUUUGUUGUGUUUAUUUUAACAAUUUAAAAAAGUAAUCCAUUAUAUUUAUUAAUUUUAUUUCUAAAAAGGGAAAAUGCAUUAUCUCUUUCACUUUUGUCACACGCCACACCCACACGGUUAUUGAAUCAAGCAAAAUUAAAGCUUUUGAUUUGCAAGUUUAUAAAAAUUAAUCUAAUUUUGCUUUAUUUGAGUUCAAUCGAAAAUUUUAAUUUGAUAUUGUUCGAACACAUUUGUGUACUGUUACCGGUAACAUAAAUUUAAAUUUAAUUUUGCAAUAUUAAUAACGCUAUAAGAACAAAAACAUACAUUUGCGUAUUCCCUAUAAAUAUGAUUAAGAAAAAAUAAUAGUAUUACAUAGAUUAUCAUUUAUUGAUAAUAAAAAGAAUACCUUAAAUUUCAAAUUCGGAUGAAAUAUUAAAACUGUACAGUUCAUCAAUCGUCAUUUUAAAUGUAUUUCAAAUUUAUAAUAAUAAUAAUAAUAAACAUAAGCUUAAAUGUAAGCAGAGAAAUUCCAUUUUUAUCACAUUUAAAUUUAUUCCAUUGCCGUAAAAAAUUAGAAAACCCCUAUCGUUUAUAAGCAUCCGAGCGUAUUUAAAUUGAUUCAUUUUUUUAGUGUUAUAAAGAUACCUUAGCUCAUUCUUACGUAUAAUAUGACUUCUAGGGAACUCCUGGUGUAAUUUACCAUUGCAGGUCUCAAUGGAUUCAAACAAAAAUGUUACUAUUUAAUAAUGCUAGAAAGUGGUCAGAGUUACUAAUAGGCUAUAAAAGGAUUUUGUGAGAAUGACAUCAUAGUUACUAUUGGCCCAUUGGAACUGUCCAAAUCGUUCAUCAUGGUUUCCAUAAGGUAAUAUUGAUCCUUAAACUGGCCAUCAUAAUCAGUUUUAUCUGAAAAAGAGCUGUCAGUUAGGAUUAUAUUCAUCCACACCACUUCCUACCACUCAGUAUUAUGGUGUAUUUACAUUUCACCCUACCGUCCCCUAAUUUCUGUACUUCCUACGUUGUUAGGUUGGUUCCCUAAUCUAAUCAGGUUAAUAGGCCCUACCCAGAGCAGUACCAAAUCUUCUCUAAUAUGUGCCAUGUAUUUCAUCCUAGGCCCUACCCAGAGCAGUACCAAAUCUUCUCUAAUAUGUGCCAUGUAUUUCAUCCUAGGCCCUACCCAGAGUAGUACCAAAUCUUCUCUAAUAUGUGCCAUGUAUUUCAUCCUAGGCCCUACCCAAAGCAGUACCAAAUCUUCUCUAAUAUGUGCCAUGUAUUUUAUCCUAGGCCCUACCCAAAGCAGUACCAAAUCUUCUCUUAAUAUGUGCCAUGUAUUUCAUCCUAGGCCCUACCCAGAGUAGUACCAAAUCUUCUCUAAUAUGUGCCAUGUAUUUCAUCCUAGGCCCUACCCAGAGUAGUACCAAAUCUUCUUUAAUAUGUGCCAUGUAUUUUAUCCUAGGCCCUACCCAAAGCAGUACCAAAUCUUCUCUUAAUAUGUGCCAUGUAUUUCAUCCUAGGCCCUACCCAGAGCAGUACCAAAUCUUCUCUUAAUAUGUGCCAUGUAUUUCAUCCUAGGCCCUACCCAGAGUAGUACCAAAUCUUCUCUAAUAUGUGCCAUGUAUUUCAUCCUAGGCCCUACCCAAAGCAGUACCAAAUCUUCUUUAAUAUGUGCCAUGUAUUUCAUCCUAGGCCCUACCCAGAGCAGUACCAAAUCUUCUCUAAUAUGUGUCAUGUAUUUCAUCCUAGACCCUACUCAGAGCAGUACCAAAUCUUCUCUAAUAUGUGCCAUGUAUUUCAUCCAUCACAUGGAAUUAAACUAUGAUUGCCUACAUUUCACAAUACAGGAACAUUACCUGGCUGAAAUUUGGCUCUGUUUUGAGAAAAAUUUGACCCGAGCAGACUGUGAAGAGAGUGCACAGUACCACGUGGCCAGUGACCAGCACAGGGCAGAGCGUCGUCCAUACCUGAAGUUCCGUAGUGAGAAGGAACAAGUGGUCACCAAGGGAAAAAAGUUUGUUGAUUGUCCAUCUGAUCUUGUCUGGUACAAGCCGAUCACAACUAUCUACUUGUAAAAGGAAAACCAGUGACAUUUUAUGUGUUUCUAUGUUGAAUGUUUCAUUGAUAAAUGACUGGAAUUUCUACACUAUAGUUUUAAUUGUAGAUUCAAUAAGAUUCUAUUAUUUUUAAAAAAAUCAUUUUUCUUGAAAAUUUAGCCAUGGUAUUUAAAUCCUGGUUUAAGUUUAAACUACUUGCCAGUCAGUUUGGGAAAUACUUUCAUAUAUCAACCACCCAAAAGUUAUUCCAUUAAUUUGGUGUGGUGGCAGGUGAAUGGUACCAGAGAAUUAAUGGUGAAGCAGUCUUAGGACUCCUGGUUUUAGUGUUGGACCAUGGUGGAGAGGGAAACUGGGGGUGGGGGAAAGGGAAUAUACAAUACUUUUCAACUGUUUAUUGGGAAGCAUUAAAAUAAAGCCAACAUAUAAACACCAACUAAAAAAGAAUAUGUUAAAAAACCCACUUAUUAUGUGAAGGAACUAUGACCUAAGUGUAUGAAGGAAAUGACAGGUUAUGAGUAUGUCAGGUUACUGUACUUGUAUCUGCCUCAUCUUGUAUUUAAUUUUGUACAGUUUUGGUGCCUUAAUAAAUGCUGGAGAGUUUCAGUUGUUUUGGUUGAAAUGGUUACUUGGCUGAUCAAAUGGUUACUUGGCUGAUCAAAUGGUUACUUGGCUGAUCAA